GUCUCCUCCACCUCAGCCGCUUCCGCGCUCUACGCCAGCGCACCCUGCCAGCCGGCCCCGCCGCCGCGGCCACCGUCUCCGAUGAUCCCGAUCCUGAAGAAGUUCUCGGAGGCGGACAAGCCCGCAGGAGCAGCGGCUGGGAAGGUGAACAGGCAGGUUGGCGGAGUGCGCUCGAAGCUGCGACGGUGUGUCGCGGUGGCCGUGAUGUUCCGUGCCAAGCCGGCGUGGAUGAAACAGCUGUCCCUCUCCGUGGACGACGACCCGCAGUUGCUUGUGUCCAACACCCUGUCCAAGAAGCAGCUAGAGGUGAUCAGGAACAAUACCAACAUGGCAGAGGACAUCGACGCCAUCUACCGGCUCUUCAAGCACUUCGACUUUGACGACGUCGGCACGAUCAGGACGGAGGACGCUCCCGAGGUGCUCUCCGACCUCGGCGUGAAGCCCACCUCGCCAGAGGAGCUCCGCUGGGUGCACGAACUGAUCGAGGAGCAGCAGGUUGCCGUGCCUGGCGCAUGUAGCUUUGAGGAGCUCUUAUCUCUGCUGAUCGUCGCCCGCGAGGAAUUCCGGACGUGGCGAUGGAAUGAGUCCAUGCGCCUCUUCGAGGCGGCGGGCGGUAUCACGAAUGGGCGGGUAUCCAGGAGACAGCUUAAGCGGGUGCUGAAAGAGAGCGUCGUGCUGGCGCCGCAGGACAAGAUGGAGGAGGGCGAGGUCCAGAAGGUGCUCGAUUCAUUUCCGCAGCGGGAUGCUAUUGGGCUGUCCUUUCACGAAUUCGAGGAAUGUUUGUCGCGGUUGCGAUUGGUGCUUUCGCUUAAGCGCAGCGAGGACCAGCUUUCGCGCGGCAAGGCCUUGAGCCUGAAUCCCGCCAUAGCCACCGAAUUCCGCUGGGAUUUGAAAGCGUUUAUCAAGAUCUUCAGGCGGUACGUGGCGCAGGACCAAGAAGAACUCGACGAGGAUUGUCCCCCCGAUGAAGACGUAGUCGCACCACAACACGUCAGGGCAUUAUUGAUAGAUACGGGGGUCCUGGGUUGGCAUUUCAUUCGUCAUUGGUCCAUUGAGAGUAUUCUGCCAAAUUGCAAGUGCAACAUCAUGAUGGUAUUGGGCAUAAUUCGCAACAUCCGGAGCGCCGUCAUGGAUGAUAUUCAAGAUGAGUUAAUAGAACGGUUCAAUCACUAUGCUCGCAACAACCGCAGUCUUCAGCUGCACAAGCGUGACAUUUACGGGAUCCUGAGCGACUUCAAGAUGACACCAACGACCCGGUACGAGCAAAUCAAGGUCGCAACGGUAAUCGAGCGCUUUGACGCCGACUGCACGGGGACAUUCGAGUUGGACGAGUUCAAGGCGUUUUACCUCAGCUUGCUGGAGCAGAACCGCCUGCUCGCGCGCGAGAAAGAGUACAGAGUCGCCCGCAGGCUGAAGAUGAGGCCACGGCAGAUCGCAAAGCUGCGUGCCACCUUCGUCGGCCUGGAUCCGGACCCCGAGGGCUGCGUGCCCCACAUGGCCGUAGCGGAUGUGUUCCACGGCGUGCACAUUGAGCUCACAGGCCGCGUGGGUCGCUCGCCGAAGCUGGUGCAGCACAUCAGGAGCUCGCCGGAGAAGAGGGUGUCGUUUCUGGAGCUCACGAAACUCGUUCACCUGAGCAUCACGGAUGCGCAGCGCUAUCAUUCCUUGGGACAGUUUGGCGAGAGCAGGUGUGGCUGGACGGAGGAGGAGCUUAUGUGCGGCGAGACAGAGGAUGAUGCCGAGGAGGAAGACGGCGACGGACUUUCGCACGAUUCAGACUCCACGCAGGAAGGAACAUUCCAGACGAAAUUUGCAAGGGAGGACAGCCUCUUCACCGCCACGACGCUGGACGCCGAGUUCCGCACGUGGAUUUGGGACGAGGUGAUGUGCGCCAGGAGGUGCUUCACGAAAGCCAGCUGCAGCGCUUCGACACGGCGCACGAGCAGGGUGCCCAGGGGGUAUGGCUGCAGGACGAAGAGGCGUGGAACGGUCUUCGAGCUCGCCUCGUCGAGCAGCUGUCCUCGACCCUCGAGACGUCCAAGGUCACGCGCGUGGUCCCCGCCAAGUGCCACAUGGCCCUGCCCAUACUCGAAGAAUGAAAAGGGCACACGUAUGAAAUUUCCGAGCUCCGCGCGGAUGUAUUUGAUCAGCACUGGGCUCCCAGAGCGGCGCAUCUGGCGCCGCCCCUGGCGCGCUCCGCGCGCCAGGGAUGGUGGGGCAUGGCUCAGGCGCCGAUCGAGUGAAUCCGGCAGGAGCUCCGAACGUUGA